AACCGAAUAGCGCCAACGUUCCCGCGUCUGGGGUCGGCAGGAAUUUGCGUGAGGUUGCGGUUCCGUCCAGAGUCCAGAGUCUGUCUACUCAGAGGACAGCAGUGUUGUGCACCGCAGCAGACAGGUGCGCUUCCACAGACCCAGGCUGCCAUUUCCAUCACACCAGCUGCUGUUGUGACCCAUUUCCCUCUCUGCUUUGCCGCCCUUCAGUUGCCGUGGUGACCGUCAACAGCAGCGGCGCUUGACCUGACCUCUCAGCCCCGGUUCUGAGUCACAUGAUGUCAGAGGAGAACCCACUGUUUCCUGCUGAUCUGGAGGCGCAGUUGAGUCUCUCCCCUUCCAGCGUGAACGUUGAUCAGUCUGUUCCAGGUGGAGGCCGGCGUGCCACAUCAGCCGGGGGGCUGUGUGAAACUGAGGAGAAAGGGGCGGAGCCUCCCUCUGAGCAUCAGCCGGCAUCCCGACCCCGCAGGACGUCUUCAUCCGGGGUUUCCUGUGACUCUGCGGUGAAGCCUCCGGUGGACGUUCACACACAGUCGGACUGCUCAGGCACUGUGGAACGCUCCUCAAAGACAAACGACUCUGGAGCGCCGUUUGAGAUGAAGAGUCUUGUAGUCAUGGGUGAAAGCUCUAAGCCUGCUUCCACCUGCACCCAUGAGACAUACCCCAUCCUGCCUGUGGACCCAGAUCAGAUCGACAUUCAUGCAUCAACUCCAUCCUACGAGAUCCACCCGGAUCAGCAACCUACCGAUGAAGACGAGGAGGAAGACGAGGAAGCCGAGAUGAAGGAAAUGAUGUUUGAGCUGCUAGGAGAGAGGUGGGACUCAACCAUGGGCUUCCUGCCCCCCAUCCCUGGGCUGGGUCAGCGGUGUUUCCUAGGGUCAUCUGAGUCCAGCCAGGGUGAGAGCGGCUCUAAGCUGAUCCCCCUGUCCAUCUCAGAGCUGCAGACGUCCAUGGCCAUGCUGGAGGUCUACCCAUACUACAGUGUGUGGGACUGGGUCGCCAGCCACGCUCAGAGUGAUUCUGACCUGGACUUCAGCUCCGACUACAGCGCUGAGCAGACGCACACUCACGACGUUCCUGAUGUGAAGCAUCUGGAUCUGCAGCAGCUGCUGCCCCUCAGUCCCACCAAUCACCAUGAGUAUGAGCCCGGGUUUGGGUUGGACGUUGACCCUGGUGGUGCUAAAUCCGAGGAGGAGCUUCAGAACCGACCUGACCCGCCUUUGCCCGACGCCACUCUGGGUGAGGUCAAAGAGAAGCUGGCCAGGGUCUUGGAGACUUUCCUGAGCAGGGAGAACCUCAGCAGUGACCUGUACCUCCAUUCUCAGAUGGACAGUAACCAGUACAUCCACAUCUCCUCCUUGAUGUGUCUGGACAAGAUUAGGAGCCUCACCACAGACCAGGACCUCCUCUCCGAUCUUCUGAAAUCUGUGCCGCAGGUCCAGGUGGCGCCGUGCGGCAGGAAGUUUCGGCCGCGGCAGAGCCGGUGUGUUUUGAUUCUACGGGAGGUUCCUGACUCCACGUCUCCAGAGGAGGUGGAGACUCUGUUUAAAGGAGAAACUCUGCCGCCGUUUGUGAGCUGUGAGUCUGUGAGCAACAACCACUGGUUCAUCACCUUCAGAUCUGAGGCCGACACCCAGCAGGCUUACAACUACCUCAGGAAGGAAGUGCGGGUUUUUAAGGGAAAGCCCAUCUUGGCGAGGAUAAAGACCAGCAUGGUGCCAGUUGAUUGUUACAAACCCGUCCAGCAGGACCAGCGGAGCAAACAGCCCCCCCACUGCGACCCCUCCGGUGCAUUCCAGGGGCCUGUGUUCCCAGGAGAGCCGUACGGUCUGAAUGCUGGAGCCUUGUCCUUCUGUGACAGCCUGAAGCAGCUUGAGUCCCUGAAGGGCGACUUCACGAGUGCAGCAGCUUCCAGCAGCAAACCUCACAACCUGCACACACACAGGACAGACACUUCUCCACAUUCUAGAUGUCACAGCCACUCCUCCGGGUUUGUUGAUGGUUUCAUUAAACCUGCCAAAAAUCUGACACAAGUCAGCCAACGCCAGUGGAAGGGGAGGGGGAGGGGUAGGACCAGCGGGUCGGCAACACCUUACAGUAAAAGGCUCCGCCUUCCUGGCCAGAGAGGACAGAAGUUGCGAUUUUUGGAGGCGUCUUCUCUGUCCAGUGAAUCACGUCUGCCUGAGUUCAACCUGAGCACUUUUCCUCCACUGUCUCCAAAGCUGGUUACCAUGACAACACCACCCGCAGCUAACAGGAAGCUACAGUCAGAGAUGCUUGAAGGGUUUGAACCCCGUCAGGAUCCAGAGAGGCCUCUCACCCUGAGCCCUCCGCAGACGGAGCCGGCCGAAGAUGCCCUGCGGAGUGUGAAGGAAAGUGCAGAGAGGAGCGCUGAAGCCAAACCGCCUCCGCUCCCACAGGAACCGCUCAUGGUGGCUGAGAGACCGAGCUACGCCCAGAUCUGCCACAGGUCGUCCAGGACCGGCUGCCACAGUGCAGAUGGAAGGACCACAGAAGAACCCACCAGCACCGCGCGGCAGUAGACGCCGCAGGAGAGUGUGAGGAGAGGACGCUGGAGGCGGAGGCUUCUGCUGCUUCAGACGACCCAUUGAUCCACGUCUGAUGUUCCGUCUGGAUUGAUUUCUUUCUUGUUCAGUUUGAGAUGCUGCUGUGAUGCUUUUCCUUUGGACUUUCUGGUUUUUUCCAUGUUUUAAUGCUGGCAGGAAAACUGCUUUACAGGUAUAACCUGAUCUUUGGUGAAACUUUUGAAAUGAUUCUUUGUUAUGCUCUUGUUGGUUUUCUUUCUUGAAUAUUUGUAUUGUUUAGUGUUUAACCGUUGCGAAGGUUCCGUUGACCCGUAGCUCCUUCAGGGUUUGGGCAGCUGCUUGCUGCUCAUAAACAAAUCCAGUUUAACACAAACUACUUUUUCUUUUUAAAUAGUUUUGACUUGUAAUGCGUUUAAAACAUAAAGAUGUGGAGUUGUUCAUUUGCAAAUAUGUAAAUAAUUGAACAAAUGCCAAAGAAGUACCUUUUAAAGAUCAAAA